GAGGUUUGGGCUGCCUGUGGUCUGAUUAAGCAACAUGGAGGACAAAGAUAAUCCCGGAAUUUCCAGAGUUACAAUGGAUAAAGAAAAAGAAUUAAGACAAAAAAAGAUUGAAACAGCAGUGAAAUUCCUUCAGAAUCCCCGUGUACGACAGACUCCUAUGGCCCAAAGAAGAUCAUUCUUGGAAAAGAAAGGAUUAACAAAAGAAGAAAUAGAGCAAGCUAUUCUCCAAUCUGGCACAGCUGCAGAUGAACAUAACCCACCAUCGACUGCUGUAUCACCAAUAGGUGAUGGACAUAAUUUAAAUCAUCAUGUGGUACAAUCACCUCCCCCACCCCCUGUACCCUGGAAAGGAUAUUUUGGGGCUGCAGUUAUUGGAGGAGGACUGGGAUACUUGUUGGUUAAUUUAAUCAAGAAAUAUAUCCUCCCAUUGAUCUUUGACCUAAAGGAAAAGGAUGAAAAACUAGACAAGUUAGAAUCAUCCGUGGCUGAGCUCAGUGCCAAUGUCACAGGAACAGUUGGUUCAGUACAGACAACCCUUGACUCUGUGCAGAAAUUACUGGUUGAGCAACAAAAGAAAAUUCUAAGACUCUCCUCUGACCUGACGGCAACGCAAGAUAAACUUGCAGGCCUUYCGACAGACAGUUACUCAGUAGGGGAUCUCAAAGCAGAAAUUGUCUCCUUAAAAGGUCUUUUACUCAACAGAAAGCAGUUUCCAUCUCCAGUAAUAGGUUCAACUCCAGCACAAGGUUUAGGUAUUCCUGCAUGGCAGAGAGCUACGUUGCAAUCUGCAUCAGGAUCAUUUGCUAAAGACAAAAAGAUUGAUGAUGGUGCUACUGGAACAUCAUCACAGGUUGAACAUCCUAAUGAAGCUAAAGAAGAGAGCAUUGCGGUAGAGGACCACUCCUUGAUGAAUGGUCAUUCAAGUGAUUUGGAUAAAAGCAGGGAGGAAGAUAGUACCCCAAGUCCACAUAGCUUUAGCAGUGGAAGUGAGACUUGUUCCGGCACACCAAACACUGUGAAAUCAAACAUUAGUGAAAAAGAUAUGAACAAUGCAGUACUACUUGAAGAGGCCGACAUUAGUAAUGACACAAGUGUGUCGUCAUUGUCCGACAUGUCAGUUAAUGCAUCUUUUAAUGAAGCUUCAAUAGCGUUUUCAUCAACCUGUAUUAAAGUAGCAUCAGAUGCUACGUCUGUUGAGGAAUUGCCUGAAGCUACUGAUCAGGAUAACCAAGAAGUCGAUUGAAAACUUGAAAUGGCAUACCAGGAUGAAUUACUUUGUCAAAAAUAUCAGGAUUUGUAUCCAAUAUAUUUGAUAUGAAUGGGGGAAAAAGCAUAACUCCAGCAACAUUGAUGGUCGAUUGUAAAUCUAUAAAUCCUCCUAGCUUGGAUGUAAUGUUUCCCCUUUUCAGACCACAUGUCAUUCUCUAGAGUAUCAUUUCUUUGCGUAACGGUUGCACAUGAGAAUUAAGACACAUGUAUUGAAUUGAAUACAACUUAAGCAAAUAAUCUUUUUGUCAGGAGAAUGGCAUGUAGUCCGAAAUGGGAAGAAUGCUGCCCAAGCCCAAGUUAAGAUAGUAUAUUUUUAUUGCGCUAGUUUGUCAGGAAUAAUAGAGAAAUAAGAGAGCUCACACAGUCUUCAUUGUAGUGUUGGGUUUUACUAGUGACAAGCAUAAUGCAAAGAAAUUGUGCUUGUAGUUGUGUUUGCUUGUGUUGCUCUUGCAUUUCAAAUUUAUUCUUGAAUUACUAUUGGAGUGUUCAGCCCUUCAAGCACUUCGGCAUGAGAAGCUCUGACAGAAGAUACAAGACUUUUAAGCCAUGUCUGUAUGGGUCAUAAACACACACAAACUGCCCCAAUAUGAUAAAGUGAAGAUCCCAUUGAAGCAGCCUUGUGCAGCCUUAUAUGCCUUCUGGUGUGAAGAGCAAUGAUGAUGAUGAUG